CUCUUCCACAGGUCUUUAUGAAAAUGGAGAAGUGAACAAAGUUUCAGAAACUUCUGACUUCAAGACAGUUCAGUGGAGAAAAAGCUGCUCCAGCAUCAAAACAAAGAAGGGCAGACUGUUACAGCUGAUCUGAGCUGUGAAUUGGUGAAGGACUAUGGCGUCUGUUAAAGAGAUGCUGAAGAACUCAUUGAUGGACCUGGUAAAAAUUGAACUGAAGGAGUUUCAGUGGCACUUACAGAAUGAUCAUGAGUGUAUAUCAAAUUCUGAAAUUGAGGAGGCAGAUAUAUUCGACACAGUAAAUAAGAUGGUGCGUUGUUUUGGGCCAGGCGAAGCUGUGAAGAUUGCGGUUGACAUUUUGAGGAAAAUGAACCAGAAUAAUCUGGCCGAACAACUGGAGAACAAACACAAGCAAGGCUCAACUUCUAUGGACAGUAAAACUUCUCUUUAUGACUACACAGAAAUCAGCCUCAGACUGAAGAAACAGUUAAAACAGAACUGUGAGCGGAUAUUGGUUGGUAAUUCACAAAAGGGUCAUCAGGAAUACCUGAGUGAUAUUUACACAGAUUUAUAUGUGGUGGAGAAUGAGACUGGAGGAAGAGUGAAUGAACACGAGGUAAGACAGAUUGAAUUGAGUCACAACCGCUCUACUACCACAGACAUGCCAAUCCAGUGCAAUGACAUAUUCAAAGUGCGUGAUAUGGGUCGACAAAACAAAAAAGUGCUGACGAUGGGAAUCGCAGGGGUGGGAAAGACUGUCUCUGUCAAUAAAUUCAUCCUUGACUGGGCUGAAGGAAAAGAAAAUCAAGAUAUAGUUUUUAUAUUUCCACUUCCAUUCCGCAGACUUAAUUUGAUUACAGAAGAGUACAAUCUCAUGGAACUGCUUCACAAAUGCUGCUUUAGUGGCCUUAAGGAACUGCCCUCUCUUCCUGAAGAUGACGGAAAGGUCAUGUUCAUCUUUGAUGGGCUGGAUGAAUGUCGCUUCCCUUUGACAUUCAAUCAGAAUGAUGGAUUUACAGAUGUUGGUGAAAAAACAACAGUGAGUAAGAUAGUUACAAACCUGAUCGAGAGACACCUGGUUCCCUCUGCUCUCAUAUGGAUCACAUCCCGACCAGCAGCAGCCAGUCUGAUACCCCGAAACUACAUUGAUCAGGUGACUGAGGUGCGAGGAUUCAACGAUGAGCAGAAAGAGCAAUACUUAAUCAAAAACAGCAGUCCUGAGGUUGCUGGAAACAUCAUCCGUCACAUCAGGAAAUCCAGGAGCCUGUACAUCAUGUGCCACAUCCCCGUCUUCUGCUGGAUCUCUCUCACUGUUCUUCAGCCUCUGCUGGCUCGAAAAAGCAAUGACAAAACACCCACAACUCUCACAGGGAUGUACGUAAACUUCUUACUUUCACAGAUGCAACAAAUGGAAACAAAAUACAGUAAUGAUCCUGAACUUAAAGCCAAAGCCUGGCCUUUUGACGAAAUUAUUCUGAAGCUUGGGAAACUGGCCUUCCGACAGCUGGAGAAAGGAAAUGUGAUGUUCUAUAAAGAAGAUCUAGUGGAAUGUGGACUAAAUGUCAGUGAAGGGUCAGUGUACUCUGGGCUAUGCACUGAGAUCUUUCAGGAAGAAAGAGCUGUUUCUGCACGAAACAUUUACAGCUUUGUACAUCUUAGCAUCCAGGAAUUCAUUGCUGCUCUCUAUGUGUGUUUGAUUAGCAAAGAUGAGAAAGGAAACCCAUUUCUUCAGUCCUGGAGAGAAAAACUAACACAGAAACUGUCCAAAAAGCCAAUGUUUCAGCUUCAUAAAGCUGCAGUCAAGAAGGCCUUAGAAAGUAAGAAUGGACACCUGGACCUUUUCCUCCGGUUCCUCCUGGGUCUAUCACUGGAGUCCAAUCAGAGUGACCUGAAGGAACUACUGCCAGGACUAGAGCUCAAAACAGAGAACAUCACAGACACUGCUAAAUAUAUUAAAAAGAAAAUAGAGAAGGAGAAAUCAGUAGAGAGGACCAUCAACCUCUUCUACUGUCUGACUGAACUGAAAGAUGACUUUGAAGUGGAAAUCCAGAAGAAUCUUAGCUCAGGAAAUCUUUCAGCACAGAAUCUCUCCUCUGCUCAGUGGUCAGGUCUGGUGUAUGUGCUCCUGAUGUCAGAAGAGACUCAGGAGAAAUUUGAAUUACAGAAAUACAGAAGAUCUGAUGAAGCACUGAUGAGACUUCUGCCAGUCAUCAAAAACACCAGAAGAGCACUGCUACAGUGCUGUAAUCUCACUUCUCAGGCUUGUGAGAGUUUGUCAAUAUCUCUACAAUUGUCAAACUCCUGUCUGAGAGAGCUAGACCUGAGUGAUAAUGACCUGCAGGAUUUAGGAGUGAAGUUGCUUGUUGCUGGUGGACUGAAGAAUCCAAACUGUAAGCUGCAGAUACUUAGGUAA